AUGUAUGUAUUUGUUCUGGAGUGGACCCCCGCAAUAUCGGAGGCAACGGGUAAUACCGAAAUCCCUCACGGCUACAUUUUCGCAUCUUUUAUGGUUGCUAUAAUGAUCGGCUCAUCAAUAUUCAAGUUAUUGAGCAAGUACGAUCGACCGGAAUCAUUCAUGAGGUUUGUUUUGGUAUUAUCUCUGCUGUGCUUGGGCACGCCGAUACUAUGGCCGGAAAACGUGCUGGCCGUAUUUUUGGCGUUUGUGGUCUUUGAGAUAUGUGUAGGCAUCUUCUGGCCGGCGAUGGGCUUCAUGCGCGGAAUUUACAUUCCAGAAUCUACUCGAGCCACAAUCAUGAAUUUCUGUCGCGUACCACUGAACUCCAUUGUUAUUUUCCUGUUGCUGCAAAAUUUACCGCAACAAGCCAUUUUCCUUUGCUGUGUUCUGUUUCUGGUGUGUGCUGCUGCUGUUCAGCAAUAUUUGCACAGGUAUGUUACUCUUUGCCCGUUCAUGCUUAGUGUGAAAAAGUGCAGAUCAAAUAUCGCCAUUCACAAAAAUAUAACAUUUAAGCUUAUCUCAAAAGUAUGCAACUAUUCGGCAAAACAAAGGUUGUGCUGUAGGGGAGUAGUACAUGUCUUUAGUGCUGACUAA